GAUAUCAUGUGCAAUAGUAAUCAAUUUCGCAACGAUUGAUGCACACGAUAUAUAAAGGACGUGGCGAGACUUGUUCACGAACAGUUCAGACAGCAGCUAGCACACCAACUCCUCAAGACAGCCCGGCUUAUUCCAGUUCAGCAGUUUUUGAAAAUCAAGAUGAACUCUGCAAUACCACUUGUAGUUGUACUGUUAGUGACAAUGGUGCAAAUCAUUCUGGCACAUCCUGCUAAAAGUGAUGAUUUUGAGUACACUACUGACGACUGUCCGCCAGGUAUAUGGGUCUGUAGGAAAAAACGUGCUCAAAUCCCCAAACCUAUAGCCGAGUCAAAUGACUGUCCACCAGGAAUAUGGACGUGCCAGAAGAAACGAUCACUGGAGGCUGCCAAACAAAUGGAUUUGGACACCAGAAGACGACAACAAAUCUUGAAAAAGAUGAUAAUGAGAGAAAAAGAAAGAGAAUCUGCCAAGAUGUUGAAUGCUGCAAAGUUACAAGGAUCACAGUCUCAAUUGAAAAGAUCAAACGAUUGUCCACCAGGAAUUUGGGUCUGUUAGGAAAAAGUAUGUGCAUGAACAACGGCUGGUAAUGACGAAACGCACGAAACAUGACAAUUUAGAAAAACUAUUUAAACUUGAGAAUGAAUAGGUAGAAAUGAAUAAAUAUUCCUUAUCACUGAAUGGAUAUUUAAAAUGACUUUGCAAGAUAAAGCAAAAUUUGAUUGUAACUUAGCGUAAUCGAUAAUCCAAUCCAAACCCAAGUUGUCUAACGUAUUUUUAUUUAAUAUAAAAAGGUCAUGAGAGUAACGAAGAAAAAACACUAUCAAAGCUGCCUGUUUUUUACAUCUUUGUUUAAAUGAAAGAAAGUUUCAAUAAAGACUGAACGAGGCAAGA